UGAGGGCCCAAGUCGAACAGAAUAUAGUGUCAGGACUGGUCACUGUUUGAGUGUGUGUGUGUGUGUGUGUGUGUGUGUGUGUGUAUGUGUGGGGCAGGUGGGGGGUCUCGACCUGCUGAAUGAACCCCAUCAGUGUCGGGGAGUACCAUGGGCUACGUGUGGGCUCGGCCCUGCUCAGCAUUGUGGCGGGCUGCAUCAUCAUUGGGGUGUCCAGGGAGUGUGAUGCUGAUGCUGUAGGAGGUAUCUUCCUGGGAGCAGGGGGCCUCGGCCUGCUCAUAUCGAUAUAUCCCUUCAUAAAAGCCUGGCUGAACAUCAACCAUAUUCUUCCAUCCUUUGGAAACUUCAGAGUGCACCCAACGGCUGCCAAUCCCGCUCCUGAACAACCAAUUGAAAUGCUAAGACGAGAAGGGACUCAAAGUCAACAAAAUCUGGAACGCUCUAAAAGUCGAAUGGGAACCUUUGUGGAGGGCGGACCGAUGGCAGAGACCAACCCAGAUGAGGGGACGUCUUCAGACAUGCCAGACAUCUUAUCGAGACGGAAACAAAAGCAGUCACCUUCUGAUCAAGACCUGCCUUGAUGUCAUCACAUAUUAUUGAACUUCCCCGCUAAUCUUCUCCAUUAGGUUUCUUUCAAAUGUGAAACAAAAUGUUGAUUUAAAUCUUUCUAAUUAAUUGUUUUCCUGUUGGAUUGUUGUAUCAGCUGUCCUGUUUGUUGAGAUCAGCUCAUGAUAUUGUACCU